AUGCGGCUUGAAUGUAUCGAAGGCCUAUCCGUGCGUGUCGCGCUGGCGUAUUGGUCGACAUCGUUUUUGGCACUCCUGAUGCGUCUCUUCUGCGCUGAGUUUGCCAACCUCGCAUCGUACGGCGGACAUAGCGCACCUGCUACCGCCAUUCCAGAUGACGGUGAGACCAACCGCAAUCGAGAUGGAAAACACUCCUCGGCUGUGUCGGCAACUACCCUCACUCGUUGGUGCGCGGCACCGGUUCACUGGAUAGCGUCUUCGAUGUGGGGCAGGUGGCGCGUCACUCGCAAGCAAUCCUUCAUCGCCUUCUACGUCACAGGCCUUGUCACAGGUGCCUUCCUUUUCGGAAUUCGUUGGAUGGACAGCGACAGCGGUGCUGCCUCCGGCUCGCCCUCUGCGGCUACACUGUCGUCACCGGCGCCGCCUCCCUUCCUCACCUGCGUGCCACUUUUGCUCUUUUCUCUUCACUGUACCGUGCGGCUCACCGAGACGUGUCUAGUCCAGCGCUUCCGCGAGCAUGACACCGUGACCCUCUUUGCCGCCGUGGCGGGCAUUUCGUUCUACGUAAUGGCAGCCAUCUCCAGCGCCGCGCCGAGCUACACGCACGUCCCGCGUACGUCCCAGUGGAUACAGCGGUUUGUAGCGGUGCGGUGCGUCUUUGGCGCCGGUGUCAUGGCACACCUGUCUCUGCAAGCUAUUCAGGUCACCACACACACGAUACUGGCGCGGCUGCGACAGAGCCCCUCGCCUACGAUGUCAUCCACAAGGAAAUUGCAUGCGCAUGACUGGGAGGAGGGUUUGUGGCGACGCCUGCAAGCGCGUCUGGCCACCUCUAGCGCUGCCCAACGCGAACACCCGAAUGCGCUCUCCCUACCACUGGAACUGGACGGUGCGUGGCGCCGGUAUCACCUUCCGUACUCCUCGAGCGUGUGCUUUCAGGUGGUACUGGAUCCGCACUACACCUGUGAAGUUGCCAUGUACGCGGUGAACACGAUUCUUCUGCUCCUCUGCACAUUCCCCAACUCAACAACGCCCGCCACCGACAUCGCUGGUGAAACACUUCGGGGCAUGGGGAGCCGCCUCACGAGCGGCGAUCCACGGUGGUGGGGCAUUCCCUGUACCAGUGCGCCGUGGUUAUCGGUGCUGGCUAGCGUUGGUGUCACCGUAUUCACUGCCGCCAACCUCAGCAUUACCUCUGCAGAACACCGAUGCUUUUGGGUGGCUGUCAAUGCCACCCGUCGUCUCGUUGGCACUCUGCUGCGAACGAUGCUGGAUGAGGAGCGGGAAAAACCGCUUGGUAGCGGCGGUGACAGACUUCCAGCAGAAGUCGUCGAUGCAACGGAGUGUAUGCUACAGGAGGCAGUCGUGGAGGAGGUGGUGCCUAGGUGGAACCUGUUCCCACUCGUGUGGUGA